AUGCCCGGGCUGGUGGAUGGGGCGGGGGCCGAGAGCUGGAGCCAGGCCCCGCCGCUGUACAAGGAAUACCGCCCGCCGCCGCUGGACGCCAUCCGCCUGCCCAGGUACGCGCUGUACCUGCUGCUGGCCGCACUCCUGGUGGUGGCCGUGGCCUAUGCCAUUGUCGGGCAUCUCAUCAAGGACCUCGCCCAUGACCUGGCUGGGGCUGGGCAGGGCCUCACAAGGCCAAAGAGGACUAUGCUCAUCUGAACGGCGCACUCCAGCUGCUGGCUCCUCCAAGGCCAUGAGACCCUGGGGACCCUGGAGACCCUUCUCGUGCUCAGCGCCCUGCUCCUCUUGCCUGCUGAAGCACAGCAGGCCACAGAACGUCGCCUGAAGCCGUGGCUGACGGGCCUGGCCGCUGUUGUGGGCUUCCUGUUCAUAGUCUUCAUCCUCAUGCUGGUCAACCGCAUCUGGUGUUCCAAAGGGAGCGCUGAGGACGAGGAAUCCAUGUUCAGAAUGGAGACCAGCCUGUACCAGGACAUGGACCUGAGUAAAGAAGGCAAGAGGGAGAAGAGAGAGGAGAAGGCCAAGAAGGAAGGAGAGAGCAACUUGGGGCUGGAACUGGAGGAGAAAGAGGAGCCCAGAGACCAGGAGAAAGCCAAGAUCACGGCCAUGUGA